AUGCUGGGUCCCGCCCUCCUCGCCCUCCUCGCCCUCCUCUGUUGCUUCAGAGGACUUGCAGGCCCAUCGCCCCAUUUCCUGCAGCAGCCAGAGGACUUGGUGGUGUUGCUGGGGGAGGAAGCCCGGCUACCCUGUGCUCUGGGCGCCUACCGCGGGCUCGUGCAGUGGACUAAGGAUGGGCUGGCUCUAGGGGGCGAAAGAGACCUUCCAGGGUGGUCCCGGUACUGGAUAUCAGGGAACGCAGCCAGUGGCCAGCACGACCUCCACAUUAAGCCUGUGGAACUGGAAGAUGAAGCAACGUAUGAGUGCCAGGCUUCGCAAGCGGGCCUCCGAUCACGGCCUGCACAGCUGCGUGUGAUGGUCCCCCCAGAACCCCCUCAGGUACUAGGUGGCCCUGCAGUGUCUCUGGUUGCUGGAGUUCCUGGGAAUCUGACCUGUCGGAGUCGAGGGGAUGCCCAACCUGCCCCUGAACUACUGUGGUUCCGAGAUGGGAUCCGGCUGGAUGGGACCACCUUCCACCAGACCACACUGAAGGACAAGACCACUGGGACAGUGGAAAACACCUUAUUCCUGACCCCUUCCAGUCACGAUGAUGGAGCCACCUUGAUCUGUAGAGCCCGGAGCCAGGCCCUGCCCACAGGGAAGGACACAGCCGUUACACUGAUCCUGCAGUAUCCCCCAGUGGUGACUCUGUCUGCUGAGCCCCAGACUGUGCAGGAGGGAGAGAAGGUGACUUUCCGGUGUCAAGCCACUGCCCAGCCUCCUGUCACCGGUUACAGGUGGGCGAAGGGGGGAUCCCCGGUGCUCGGGGCACGUGGGCCAAGGUUGGAGGUCGUAGCAGACGCCACGUUCCUGACAGAGCCGGUGUCCUGCGAGGUCAGCAAUGCGGUGGGAAGCGCCAACCGAAGCACCGCGCUGGAAGUGCUGUAUGGACCUAUUCUGCAGGCAAAACCAAAGCCCGUGUCCGUGGACGUAGGGAAAGACGCCUCCUUCAGCUGUGCCUGGCGAGGGAACCCACUUCCACGGAUUACUUGGACCCGCCUCGGCAGCUCUCAGGUGCUGAGCUCGGGGCCCACGCUGCAUCUUCCAUCCGUGGCGCUGGAGGAUGCGGGCGACUAUGUGUGCAGGGCUGAGCCGCGGCGCUCCGGUCUGGGAGGCGGCACAGCGCAGGCGAGGUUGACAGUGAAUGCUCCCCCCGUAGUGACGGCCCCUCACCCUGCGCCAGCCUUCCUGAGGGGCCCUGCUCGCCUCCAGUGUGUGGUGUUUGCUUCUCCUGCCCCGGACUCCGUGGUUUGGUCUUGGGACGAGGGCUUCCUGGAGGCAGGCUCACUAGGCAGGUUCCUGGUGGAGGCCUUCUCAGCCCCGGAAGUGGAGGGAGGACAGGGCCCAGGUCUUAUUUCUGUGCUACACAUUUCCGGGACCCAGGAGUCCGACUUUACCAGGGUCUUCAACUGCACUGCCAGGAACCGCCUGGGUGAGGGACGGACACAGGUCCACCUGAGCCGUAGAGAUCUGCUGCCCACUGUACGGAUUGUGGCUGGAGCAGUCUCUGCAGCCACCACCCUCUUUAUGGUCAUCACUGGAGUGACCCUCUGCUGCUGGCGCCAUGGCAAGGCCUCAGGCUCUUUCUCCAAGAACAAGAACUUGGUCCGGAUCCCAGGAAGCAGUGACGGCUCCAGUUCACGUGGCCCGGAGGAGGAGACAGGCAGCAGAGAAGACCGGGGUCCCAUUGUGCACACUGAGCACAGUGACUUGAUUCUUGAUGAAAAGGAGGCUCUGGAGACAACAGAUCCAACCAACGGUUACUACAAGGUUCGUGGAGUCAGUGUGAGCCUUAGCCUUGGGGAAGCCCCUGGAGGAGGCCUCUUCUUGCCACCCUCCUCUCCGAUUGGACUUCCAGGGACUCCUACUUACUAUGACUUCAAGCCACACCUGGACUUAAUACCCCCCUGCAGACUGUACAGAGCACGGGCCGGUUACCUCACCACACCUCAUCCCCGCGCUUUCGCCAGCUACAUGAAACCCACAUCCUUUGGACCCCCAGAUUUGAGCUCUGGGACUCCCCCCUUCCCCUACGCUACCUUGUCUCCACCCAGCCACCAGCGUCUCCAGACUCAUGUGUGAAGACAUCUCUCUAGUUGAAGAGUCUUGAGAUCUUCAACCUGCCAUCAUGUCCUGUCCAGCUUUCUGAGGAAUCAGGACAAGUUGAUGACCUAUUCCUCCAAAACGGAGUACCAAAGGAGGGAAACAAUGUCAGGAUCAUUGAUGCAGAGUCAGCUCAGCCAAAACAGAUGCUCCAAGUGGGAGCAAUAUGACCACUUUACCCAUUUAUUCCCCUGUGAGAAAGACAUUCAAGAUGGUGACUAAACUCUUUGCAGAGGGACAAAAGUCAGGAGACGAUGGGAGUUAGGGACAUGGAUGGAAGGCAUUUCUAGCCAGUAGAGAAGAUAUUUGAAAAUGACCAUCUGCAGCAAGAAUAAUGAUAGCAUAAGACAAGUCAAGAUGAAAG